CAUUGAUUGCGGAAAAUAUGAAAGAUGAAAAAAUGCGAAGAAAUACAAUUCAACAACAUUCAGCAUUGUUUAAACUUGGCUCAGACAUUGAAUACAUUUCUGGCGAUAUGAUGUUACCACAACAAAUCAAUGUCAGCAAUGAAGCUAGAAAAUUAUAUCAAGAAUAUGAAUGCGACAAUAAAAUAUCGAUUGCUACAAAGCUUAAAGAAUUUCUAGAUAGAACAUUUGGUAGGUCAUGGCAUGUUACGGUAGUGGAUGGUUCCUUUGCCAGUUCAUAUACACAAGAGGUUAAUACUUCAUUUCACUUUAAAAUGAAAAAUCUUUGUUAUCUUAUAUGGAAAACACCAGAGUACAUAGAUGAAUAAUUGAUAAAAUGGUUUCAGUAAUAAAUGUAUUCAAGCAGUAAAAACGCGAUUUUAAAUAUUCAAAGCGAAUCUCGGAAGUUCUUCGUUGAAGACAUUCAUUAUUACACGAGUAACUAAGUGGGAGAAUAGUUCAUAUUCAGAGUUACACAUGAAGAAACCGUUAAGAACGAUGAGUACGACGUAGAUAUCACUAAAACAAUGAGUCAUUAGCACUCGUUUCAGUAGUGGAUUACAAAACGUAUUUCAUUAAAUGAAAUGAAUGGGAAUCCACGUAAAUAUUUAACCAGUGAAAGUUCUGAAAUAAAGGCUGGAGAAAUAAUAGUCAAUGACACGACACUACUAUAGAAGGAAACAUCAUGGUACAUUUAAUUAGUUGAAUGAAGGCCAUUGACAACAACAAUGGAAAUCAAUUGAGUUUGAUCAUUUAAUCGCAUUAGAAGUGGUAAAUUCGAUGAAACCAAUGAAUGUCAAUAGAAUAUAUUGUUGUGGUUGUCCUUCGAUAACUAAUCUCCCUCGUACCGUUAUCGUAUAAUCUUCAACGGUGUUUGAAAUCAGAAGGUAAAAAGAAGCCGCUACUACAGUUUAUUUAGCAGAUAUUUCGGAACACACGUCAGAGAGGC